AUGAACACUAGUUCCUUAAAUUAUGAGUAAGAAAUCGCAAGAUGAGCACACAAAAGAUAAAGAUUCUGAGGAAGAAGACGAGGAGGAAUUACAGGCGGCAAUUAGGGAAAUGGUCAAGAUCCCCGAUAUAGAUAUAAUACCCAGAAGAAGUACCCAAAGUGGAAAGCAAAAGGAGUCGACUGUGCUUAAGAAAAAUCAUGCCGAAUGUGGAUCGCAAACGGGUGAUGGAAAAGAUACAACUUCAAAAACCGGGCAAAAGAAAUUAGAAAGCGAUGAUAGUUGGGCAGCACUUCUCCGGAAAAGGUUUGCUUGGACAAAGGACAACAAAACGGAUGCAGUUCCAUCGGAAGUUAAUCAAAAUAUACCUAAUACCAAAAGGUCCUCAAAGGAUUUUAUAGAAAAGAAAAAAAGUGCAAACAAACUUUCUACAGACUUCUCUAACGAAAGUCUCAUACGAUCGGAAAAAUAUGAGAAUUGUGAAGCAACCAAAUCACUUUUAAAUAAUCAGUUGAGUGAAGAAUCGCCGGAGUUUCUUGACAAAUUGAGAAGAAUUGAGGAGGCAUCGAAGCCCAAAACUUGGAAGCGACCUACGCCAGUAGUUUUGAAACCAAAUCAAAAUUAUUCCGCCACCAAAAAGAGUGAUAAUGAGUUGGAGGCGAAGCCACAAACUGCUACGAAUACUGAAGAAACGCAUGGGUGUAUAAAUAUUUUAAAGGUUCCCUUCCAUCGCAAUCUAUAUUAUGUUCCAGAAAAGCCAUCCCGCCAAGAUAUAGGUUCUGGAACAUCGGACUUUCAACCAGGUGCUCCAGAAACACCAAUUGGCGAAAAUACCGCCGUGGAAACUGAUCAAAAACCCAAUGAAAUUAUGCCAGAAAAUGUGGAAAAUUCGAAUGAGAAAAAAACUGGUAAUUCCGAUUCGCCGAAAACUGUCACAAUUACAGGACAUUCGCAUAUAACCGCCAAAUGGGAUGCCCACUGUCAUUUCAGGGAGAAGGAAACUGGUGUGGACAAGGCCGCCAGGCGAGUUUUGAUAAUCGCCUGUAUUCUGUGCUCCAUCUUCCUGGUACUCGAAGUCAUCGGCGGCAUUUGGGCCAAUAGCCUGGCCAUUGCCACAGAUGCCGCACAUCUGCUGACGGAUCUGGCCUCGUUUCUCAUUUCAAUUUCGGCACUUCAUUUGGCUGCCAGACCCUCAUCGGAGCGUCUGAACUUCGGAUGGCAUCGGGCUGAGGUCAUUGGGGCCAUGGUAUCCAUAUUCUUCAUCUGGGUAGUCACAGGCGUCCUCGUGUACAUGGCCAUAAUGCGAUGGGUUAACGAGGAUUUCGAUCUGGAUGCCAAGAUAAUGCUGAUCACAUCGGCACUGGCUAUAUUAUUUAAUGUGAUCAUGGCCAUGCAGUUGCAACACGGCCACUCGCACUCUCUGCCAGGAGUCCACAAAAUGUCAAAGGACACGCUGUUGGGAAAAUCCGUAUCCGUGCAGUAUGCGGCAAAGGGACAUGAGAACAUCAAUGUCCGAGCUGCUAUCAUCCACGUGGUUGGGGAUCUCAUCCAGAGCUUUGGCGUUUUCGUGGCCGCCCUGAUAAUAUUCUUUUGGCCGGAGUGGGCCUUCAUGGAUUCGGUUUGCACAUUUGUCUUUUCAGUGCUGGUUCUUGUCGUUACGUUCAAAAUUUUAAGGGACGUCCUCAUGGUCCUGAUGGAGGCCACGCCGGAUUUUAUGGAUUACGAGGAGGUGAAACAGACAUUUCUGUCCAUUUCGGGUGUGGUGCAUGUACAUAACCUGAGGAUAUGGGCCCUGUCCAUCAAUAAGGUGGCUUUAUCCGCUCAUUUGGCCAUUUCCAAGGAUGCCGAUCCCCAGCUGAUCCUCGAGGAGGCCACCACUCUGAUCCACAAGCGCUUCAAGUUCUUCGAGACAACCAUACAAAUUGAGGAGUAUUCGCCGGGCAUGGAGAACUGCGGGCAAUGCUUGAGCCCUUCGGAGAAAAAUGGAAAACGGAAAUCCGUGGACCCGGAAAAGGGCGAAGGAAGAGCUGGGCGCAAAAGAGGAUCUGAUGUGGAAAAAACUAAGAAUAACUCGGGAUCUGAAUAAAUCUGAUAACUUGUUCAUGUUAAUGUCUGUGUGGAUAUAAUAUAUUUAAUUUUUGAACUUA